UCUCUCUCUCUCUCUCUCUCUCUCUCUCCCUCAUUUCAUCUCUCUUCAGUUACUUAUGUCGAUCAGUGAAUAGAUUUAAGUGAAUUCGCCGAGAAAGAUCAAAGUUUUGUUCAAGAAGAGAUGGUGCGCGUUCGACGAUGGCGGAUUGAAACUUAAUAAAGGAGCACGCGAGCGCAUGUGCCAUGCUUUAUCCAUUCGAGAGGAAUCUUCUUCUCUUAUCCCUGAAAGAAUAGAGCGAAUAACGCGUCUAUUCGACGCUAUUGGGGUGGAUUCGAGAAGAUGCCCUCUUCGGCCUCUUCCAGAGGGGAAGCUCCUUCUUAAGAGAAUAAUAACAACGAGGAGGAGACGACGAGGAGGGUGAACAUCGUGUCGAAAAUAGAACGUUCUAACGCUGAGGUACGUUCGUCGAGUUUCGGGCAUGCGAAGGUGUCUUCUGCUGUUUCUUCUUCUUUUUGGAGACGGCGAACGAGAGAAAUUCGAUUCGAGAAGUUUAACUCGUCGAGAUCGAUCUUCCGCAGAUUUCAGAAUGUCUCAGGCAUCGUUAUCGAACGAUUUGGAAAGCACAAUGAACGAUUUGGAGGGAAGCCAGCACCAGCAGCAGCAACAGCAGCAGCAACAACAUCCUUGUCAAUGUUCGACGAUGAGCGGCAUUAAUUCGAUGAGGACGCAACGGGAGAGAACGGAGAGAAGCGUGGGAAACACAAGGAUCUCGAGCGGUCAGGAAAUUCCUCGAGGAUUGGAGGUACUACAGAAUGCGUUUGAGCCGUUAAGAAGAUUGGACAGUCCGAUGUCUCAUCAGGAAACGCAACAAUUGAAUUUGGAAAAGGCGAGAAACGUCGAGAUUUUGGAACAUCAAAGUACGCCGCUUACGCGACACGCUCGCAACGUUCCGUGUAGUCCAAGAAAUUUGGAUCUUUCGCGAAAUCUUGCCUUCGAGGCGGCGAGAAGAGUCCAGGAAUCAUCGAAUUUGCAGGAGAGUCGACAAAGUUUGACGUCCAGUCCUAGUCAUCCGUCGGAUAUCAAUACGAAUCCGAUGGAAACGUCGGCGAAGGAAACGUCGGAAAAACAAUUGGACGAUCCCUGUGGUUUGUCUCCGAAACAAAACAUCUCGAAGGAUAAAUUGAAAAACAUACAACAGGUUUUGAACACCUAUCAGCAUCAUCGAAUACCUAUCAGCGGGGAAUCUAAUACGCCGGAACGGAACGUUCAUGGCCAUUUUCACGGCGAUUCUCACGUGCAUUUACACAAGCACAACGUCGAUAACUCGAGAACCAACGCGAAUCUAGAGGCGAGCGACGGUCUUAAGGGAUUCCAGCAGCGACAGCAUAGCCAUCAUCAUCACGGAACAGUAAAGCCCUCGAACGUGACUCAUCAUCACGGGCCCGCGAUGAUGCACCAUGCGGGGGGACAUCAUCAUGGAAAUCUCGCGACCGGCUUGGUCGGUCACAUACACGGAAGCUCGACGACGGGCCUAAAUGGAUCCGGUAACGUUCCGCCGACGAUCAAUCACGGCAAUACGGCUGGCGGCAAUAAUCCAAAUUCUCAUCAUCACGCUAACCCUAUCGCCACUACGACGACAACGAUGGCGACGACGGUGACGGCGACGGCAGCGGCGACGACGGCGACGACGAUGACGACGACGACGACGUCGUUGUCGACGACGACGAUGACGGCGACGACAACGACGACGACAUCGAUCGCCGGACAGAAGGGUUCACCUAUGGCGAGUCAUCGUCAUCCUACCGUAUCGAGUGCAAUCAGCGGUGCCUCUUCUAACUCGAGCAUGAUGAAUCACGGUGGAUCGCCGAGCGUACAUCGGCACGUAGUAAACGCGAGUGCCAGUUUAUCGGCUACACCAUUGGUCGCUCGACAUCACGGCAGUUCGACCGGUAGCUUGACCGGUCGCUCGAGCAUCAAUCAUCAUCACGUGAGUUCCGGUAUCUCCUGCGAAUCUUCUUCGUCGAACGCGAAUACCAGGACUCAUAGCAGGCUGGAUCACGUUCACGAUCAUCAUCAUCAUCUGCAACAGGUCCACUCUUUGCACCCUGACUCGAGAUCGAGAGAUAGAGCAGCCUCGUUAGUUCAUCCUCUCGAUGAACAUCACGGUCAUCAUCACGGGCACGUCCAUGCUCAUGGUCAUCCUCACGUGCAAAACAACGAUACCAAAAAUUCAUCCCUGAUAAGGGUGGAUGCGAUCCAGGUGUCAGCACCGUCGAAGAACAGCAAGUGUCAGUGUCAUGCCGUACAACAGGCUAGCGGGAACAAAAGAAGUUCGGAGGGUGAGACCGACGACGGUGGAAUCGUCGAAGUAACGUCGAGGACUCAUCAACCUCCGGCUCUACCGCCUCGACCACCUCCCAGACCAACGAGACGUUACGAGGCAGCGACUGCCGAUCAAUGUCAUACCGGCGAAGGUGGCUGCUGCAAGAUAGUCGUUCUUUGUUGCCUUUGCGGUGGGCUCAGCGCGGCAGUCGGUAGCCUCUUUUUGGCGGUGCACGCUGUCCUUUCAGCCCACACGGCCAGUUUGGUCUUCGAGACCGUACCGUCUUACAUUCCUGGCAUAAUGUGUAUGAGGGGACUAUUUACGAUGCUUUGCGAUAAGGAAGGAAGACAUUGGGGAUGUCUUUGCGUUUAAUUAUUGCAGAUGAAAGUCUGCGGCUCGGUUGGCGUUGUGUGCGCCCUGGUCUGCGUUCUCGUGACGGUCACUACGACGGUGAUUCACAUGUCCCGAUUGCAAGGUCUUCGAGAAUGCGUUUAUACGGAAAGAGCCAGAUCGUGCACGUGUUACGGUGCACCGCAAUCGAAGGAAGAUCCCGGUGUACUGUUCGAGGGUACUCCGCAUUGCGAGGCCGUUCACGGUGCCCUUUACGCUUGCCUAAGAGCCCUUUUCGGUGUCUCGGUAGCUGGGAUACUUGCCUGCAUAUUCUCCUGCAUGUUGGUUUAUCAGUUACUGAGUCAUGAAAAGAAAAAGAUGUAUUGGGAACAGCUGGAGCUCAGAUGCAGAUCGUUGUACGGUCAAGGCGGGCCGGUCGGCCCACCGACCGCUUCCUGCGGAUGUUGCAACGAUUGCGGCGGGGCCAGUCCGUGGUGGGCCCAAACGCCAGGAAAUCUCUACACGCCGAAUCCGGACUUGGCGCCUUCGAGACGGUGGCGAUUACCGUGGUCUAGAUCGAGAGGACCAGCGCCGUAGUCCGACUCGAAUUACGCUUCCACACGCAAACGAGACAGGGCCGAGACUAACGCCGACAACGCGGCUGGCCCUUAUAGCCUAAAUUCACAGUCGAGCGGCCCUUAUUCCGUUCUUAAUACACCCAAUGGACCCUAUACGACGAGUACAGCGUCUUAUAGCGUUUUGGAGACACCGGUUCCUCUCUGGGGGCCCGCCGCCGCUUACAGCGAUCCAAACAGUCCAGCUCGUAGGCCGCAAGUCAGGAUGCGAGGCCGAGAAUGAGCAGAGAACGAUAAUUUUGACAACAACGAAGAUCACAGAUCGAGAUCGACGAAACGUCCCUCGGACAAUUACGAGAACGCCGAAGAGAUAUCGAAUAGUACCGAUCCCGAGGGCGGAAACGACGGGACUAUGAAGGGUAGGAGAGCUAGGAAACCCCAAGGCGUCGAGAAUGGAGCUUUUCAACAGGAACCCAAUCCCGCUGCGAAACAAUCCGAAAGCGAAUUGUAUUUUGGCGAUGUUUCCUCUUGUUGCGGCCCGGAGAGUAGCUUCUAUGAUCUGGCUGUUGAGAAAGAAGGGACCGAACAUUCGGAAGGGGUGGAUUAUUUGGCAGCUCGUUUGGGCAAACGACAGUUGUCGAAACGAUCGAGACUUCCUCUUCCGUUGCCCUCGGACGGUGGCGACAUACCGUCCGAUAGUUAUGCCAAUAGCGACGAGCCUAGAAACGUUAGGGGCCCCUUUUUGGCACCCGAUGCUCAAUACGAGGUCAUUCAACAAGCUCGUUAUUCGUAUUAUGCGCCGAAAGAAGACGAAGAGCUUGAGGAAGAGGCUGCCACGUCGAGUUACUUCAGAGAGGAGGAGACUGAUCGUCCAAGGGACAGGGAUUACAGGGACUAUCACAGCGGUCAGGAAGAGGAGGCACCUCAGUGUUGUUUGAGCGAUUCCACGACCUUGGAUUCUGGCUGGCAAAGUGCCGAGCAACAACAAUCGGACGAUAACGUUCGACCGGUUAACGUGUAAUCGGUUUCCCUUUCUUUUUUCUUUUCUUUUUUUUUUUUCGAAAGGAGAGAAUCAGAGGAUGGAGGUAGAGGAAUCGCGUAUUUAAGAACGAUUUGGAUCAGUUGAGAAGAUCGAACGCGAGCAAACUUUCGUCGAUCUUUUUCGUUCGUAUCCUCGAUCUUCGACGAUGGAGACUGAAACGACGUUGCCAUAUAUAAAAUUAUUCUUUAAUGCCAAGGUGCGCGCUAUUUAAUGUAUUCAUUUUCGAUGGAAGACGAGAUCAGUCUAGUUAGAGGAAAUAGUAAAUAACGUAGAGAGAUGUAGGAUAAUUAAUAGUGAACUCAACGAUGUCGCUCAUGGUUGCUCGUAGUAAUCGUUACUAUUAUUUAAGUAUAUCGUAAGAAGGAAAGUUACACCUUUAUUUUCUAAACGAACAUUGUAAUAAAAACCAACGAACGAAAGAGGCUUGUCCGAUGUACUAACGAAUGCCACACGUAGACGCAACUGUGACUUUAAUUAGGUAAUUGUCGCGAAUGGGUUAUUGGUAUGUGGUCUCCGUCUGUGUGAGUGCGCGUUUGUGCGUCGCUCAUUGGACCCUUCGACGAUCCUCGUCGUCGUUCAUCCGAUAUAUCGCUAAAGGAAACGUCCAUGUACAAAAGUGUGCUUUACUCUUGCCAUUAUCUCGUUAGAUGUUUUAGCCUUAAUUAAUUCGAGCGCUUAUUAAUUGUUCUCGAUGAAGUCGUUAUCGAACGACUCUUACCGUUACUUAUGAUUAGUAGUCAAAUAUUUUGUUUCAAUGAACGUGUGCGCACUCGUUUAAAAAAAGUUCUCUCGCGCUUUAAAAACUCGACGUUGACGCGCUACGUCGCUCAACAAUCGUUACUUUCAUUCGAUUUCGUUCGACUUACCAAGCUUUUAAAGAUAUAUACAUCUUUCGGCGCGUAAGCAAGUACCUACGUAAUAAACACAUACGUACUGUACACAAUUCAGGUGGACCAAGGAUAACGAUCGCGUUUAGGAAUAGGUAGAAAUAUUAUCGAUCAUCUAUUUCCCGUUGUCGAUCGUCAAGAAGUUAAACUCAUAAAUGGCAUAAUUUUAUAUCGCAAGGAAUAGAUGAGACGGAGAGAACUAGAUGCGCAGGUAGAUAGACAAUGAAAAAGGUUGGAUAGUUGAAGAAAUAGUUUAACGUUGUUUACUCGAUGAAGUGUACCUUAAGAAAGAGAAAGGAAGAACGUAGAUAACAGAAAACCCAAUGCGCCGUGAAACAAUGUAAUUAACGAUUACAGAGAAUAAAGCUUUGUUUUGUAAGAAAAA